AUGACGACGAUUUCAUCUGAAUACUCAUCAGAAGUGAAUUCCACACCAAUUGAACAUGCAUUCAAUCCAUACACAGAUAAUGGUGGUACCAUUUUAGGUAUUGCCGGUGAAGAUUUUGCCAUCCUAGCAGGAGAUACUAGACACACGACAGAUUAUUCUAUUAAUUCUCGUUAUGAACCUAAAGUGUUUGAUUGUGGUGAUAAUAUUGUAAUAUCAGCAAAUGGAUUUGCUGCAGAUGGUGAAGCAUUAGUGAAAAGGUUUAAGAAUAGUUUGAAAUGGUAUCAUUUUGAUCAUAAUGAUAAGAAACUAUCAAUGAAAUCAGCUGCAAGAAAUAUUCAACAUCUCUUAUAUGGGAAAAGAUUUUUCCCUUAUUAUGUUCAUACUAUUAUUGCUGGAUUAGAUGAAAAUGGUAAAGGAGCUGUAUAUUCAUUUGAUCCUGUUGGAUCAUACGAGAGAGAACAAUGUAGAGCUGGUGGUGCUGCUGCAUCUUUAAUUAUGCCCUUCCUUGAUAAUCAAGUAAAUUUUAAAAAUCAAUUUGAACCUGGUACUGAUGGUAAAGUUAAGAAACCUUUGAAAUAUUUAAGUAUUGAUGAAGUUAUUAAAUUAGUUAGAGAUUCAUUUACAUCUGCGACAGAAAGACAUAUCCAUGUUGGUGAUGGUCUUGAAAUUUUAAUCGUCACUAAAGAUGGUGUAAGGAAAGAAUUUUACGAACUAAAGAGAGAUUAA